AUGAGACCCGCUUCAUCAGUCAGUCUUCCUAAUUUGAUGAAGGAGGACACAGAGGAGAUGAAGAGAUGUCAGAGGAGUCCAGACACCCUGUACGGGGAGGGGUACCAGCUGAAUCCAGGCAGAGACCACAUCUCCAGCCCAUCAGCUUCUGUGAGCUCUGAGGACUCCCUCAGCAUGGUGGAUGCUCACACUCCCCGUGAGCUGAAGAACAUCCCGCUCAUCUACACCCCAUCCCCUCCCCCACCACCAUCAGCUCCUCUACCCAAAACAAGAGCAAACCGUCUCUCUGUGAUGACGACGAAGCUCAGGGGACCAGAUAAAGAAGUAGCUGGUGGACGCAGACUCCUGACGACGGCUCAACAUCAUAUGGAGGCGGUCGCAGAAAAAGUCAAGAAACUACAGGGUAACUCUGCUGCCCUGUUGCCACGACCACCAGCACCAGCUACAAGGAAACCUGUAGUAGCACCUCUCACUCCAGCUCCUCCUCCAAAACCCUCCCUACCAAAGAAGAGAGCAACUCAUGGGAGGUCUGUGCGGCCUGCAAAGACAGUCAGCAGGGACCAGAGGACAGAUGUUACCUGCAGCUUCCAGACAGCAGAAAGUCAGAAUCAGGACGAUCUGCAGCCGCUCUCUAACCCUGCAGAGAGUCUGUCUCUGUGCUUCAAACAGCUCAGCUCAGAUGACUGGAUGACGAAGGUUAAAGGGCUGCGAUGCAUCCCAGCUCUGGCGCAACACCACCCAGACACACUAAUGCCGAAACUGCAUGAAGUCUGUCUGGUUGUGAUAGAAGAGGUUAAAAACCUACGCCCCUCAGUGGCUUGUGCAGCCAUGGACACCAUCCGCUGUCUUUAUGUCCACCUACAGAAGGGCAUGGACACUGAGGCAAAUUGGACAGGUCAGGCUCUGCUGCUGAAAAUCUCACAGGCGUGUGGAAAUGCCUUUCUCCAGCAGCAGGCCAGUGAGGCCUUGGAGGCUCUGGUGCAGAAUUGCAGCCCUGGUCGAGUGCUGCCUGUUCUGCUGAAUACAGGGCAGAGCCACCUGAGCCCUGCAGUAAGAGCCAGCACUGCUCGUCUGCUCCACCUGCUGGCUGACAGACUGGGAGCGACUAAAGUCCUGACAGCAAGGCAGAGCUUCACCCAGCGCUUCCUCACUGCUGUCAGUAAGAUGUCUCUGGAUGCUGCUGCUGAAGUCAGGCCUCAUGGACGUGCCAUCCUUCAGAAACUGGCCCUCCACAGGGACUUCAUGAAGCUGUGGCAGAAAAAUGUGGCGGAAAAAGAUCGCCACUCACUGGAGAAGGUCCUGAGGAAUGUGGUGAAGAAUAUCAAAAUCCAUAUAUGAAUCCAGGGUGUUGUUCACCACACAGGACAACAAGA